UGAAAUGUAUGUAACAAGGCCUCUUUCUUACUACCAAAAGAAUCCAGAUGCACUUUUAUUACCUCCUGAAGGUCCAAAUUCAGGUUACUUAGUGAUUCAAGAUGAGGAAUCUGAAACAUAUUGCUGUUUUGGACAUUGCAAAAAUCAUGAUAUGAUGGACUUACCUUUUCCUCAGAACAAGAAACUAACCGUUCGAUACGAAACUAGUAAUGGUGAGAACAAGAUUAUUCUUAGGGAAGAUGUAAUGUUCAUUCCAGUUCUUAAUAAGCCAUUGUCUUCAAAUCAGUAUUUUGCUAUCAAACCUCAUGGAAAAAGCAAAGGACAAGCAUUAACUUGUUCAAAGGAGGAAGAUAUGCAAAAUUUCUGUUUCUGUAGAUGUGUACGAGACGUUAAAACGAAGCCACUAGAUCCAGAGGAGGCAUAUCAGCAAUUUGAAAUUUGUCUAUAUAAUACAGGUUGCAAUGGUAGAGGUAGUUUUUUUGCCAAGUCUCUUACACCAGAUGGUUUCCCACCACGAUUUCUUAGGCGAAGAGGUUGGCAUCUUCGUGCCAAAACUCCUAAAAAUUGUGAAUUAUAUGAUGAUGCUCAAGGCCUAAAUGCUAAGUUGAGGCAACAACUUCCGGACUUCAAUUUUACAACGUCUUGUAAAAGUUCUGAAGUAGUUGUUGUGGGGAAAUGGUAUUGUCCUUUCGUGUUUAUUAAAGACGGAAUGGUUCUUAAAAAACAAAUGGAGAGAUCAAUGUUCUACGAAAUGACACUCGAGCAGAGAUGGGAGCAGUUUUUCACUUGUCAAAAUGACAAAAUCAAUGUAGGGAAUUCAGUACUCGUGGAUGUUGCACUUGACACAGAGGUUGUCCUUAUUGCCGGAACUAAUAAAGCAACAUGGGAUGAUAAAAACAUCGUUGAAGGAGUAAUAUGGUUUAGAAGCUAUGAUAAAGAUGGAAAUGAAGUAAUGAGUUUGGGAUUGAGACGAGAAAUAGUUCAAAGAAUGAAGUGGGAACAAGAAAGAGGAGGAUGGAAACAACAAGGGAGGAUAAACCAAGUUGAAGAAUACAGAGAAAAUAGUAGUGGAUGGAGAAGAUUUAGUUGCUAUGUUUUGGUUGAGAAGUUUGUGUUGAGAACAAUGGAUAUAAGCUUAGUGAUGACUUAUGAUUUCAAGCACAUUGACAAGGUUAAGAGCAUAUGGGAGUGACCAUGUAUGACACCACAUUAGUGUUGAUGUUUCUGUUUAAUUUUUCACCUAGUAUCUGAUCCCUGCAUCAUGGCCCAACUAAAUGCAGAUUCAUGUUGGAAGAUUCACAUUAGAGUGCAAAGUGCUCCCAAACAAAAGUGUUUACUUUUUGUCCACGCGUGUGACAAUAUUCUGGAUAAAAGAUUUAAAUUAUAUAUAUUGAGAAUA